AUGGGUAUUUUUUAUAAUCAAUGUCCAGUGGAUAGUUUUCAGAACUCUGCCGAGACGACCACCGAGAGUUCCGCUCUUCAUACACAAUCAUCCAGCUCCCAAGCUGUACAGAGUCUUAGAGAUAUUGCUACAUCUCGGAACUCUGCCGAGAUGCACACCGAGAUGCAGGCCAAUGUUCCUCCUUCACAGAUACAGCAAUCCGCUACACAGCUAUAUACUCUUCAGAACUUCACAACCUUCCUGAACUCUGCUGAGAUACGAGCCGAUAUGCGUGCCGAGAGUAUCAAUCCUCACCCAGCUGCUAUCUAG